AUGAAACAGAUGCAACACAAAUCCCACCUAACGAACGCCUGCAGGCUCUGUCGCAACCAGAAGCGAAGAUGCGACAAGAAGCUCCCCAAUUGCACUCGCUGCGCGAAGUUAAAACUGACAUGCGACUAUGAUUGGUAUCUCGAGGAAGGCCAUGCCAGCCCGCAGUUCAAGUCCCUAUCGGACUUUCUUCUCUUCCAUGUGCCCGUGGUGUCGGACCAGCACUGGCUACCCGGCACGUUUCUACUGCUGCAAUCGUGCAGACAGAACAUCGAGUCCCGCAGCCUUGGGAUCGACGAGUUCUUCGUGGAGUUGGUGAUGACGGCAUUUGUGGAGCAGAGCGCGGCGCUAGACGGUGUGCUGAGCGUUUUCUUUGGGAACGUUCAUCGUAGCCCUUCGGCGGAAACGGCGCUUCUCUUACUGGCAAUAUAUCUGGUGGCGGAGAAGGAGUACCACGGGAGUAGCAUGCAGAGGGGAGACCGGCGCCAUCUCCACCAGCACUGCAGCUAUCUGAUCUCGUUUUUGCAACUGGUGCGCGAACCGUCCGUGGAAUUAGUACAGGCCGGGUUGCUGCUCACCCUGUACGAGUUGGGCUCGAGCCUUUUACAGGCUGCCUUCCUCAGAGUCGCAACAUGUGCUAGGCUUGCAUGUGUACUUCAACUACAUCUUGAUGAACCCUUGGGGGACGACUGCGCUGAUGCGUGGCGCCCUGCGGAAGAACGAAAGAGAGUCUGGGCAGGUGUAUAUAUAAUGGACCGCCUCGUCUAUCAGGUCGUGCCGGAUCUGGCGACGGUACAUGUGGUUGAUGAACCAGACUAUGGCUUCCGGCUGCCAGUGGACGACUCGGAUAGCGAACGCAGUUCGAGCAGCGUGCGCCCGUCCUUCGCCACCUCACUUGAUGUCCCAUUAUCAUAUUACGCUCGUGAGAUCCAAGCUUCAAGGAUACUAGGCAAGGUGCAGAUGCUGCAAAAGUCAUCGCGAUUCGGUUCGUUUCUAGGACAUUUUCAUCUGAUAGAUAAUAUUUUGAUGCAGUUCAUGCAGCGCCUGUUCGAGGACAGCAUUGGCUGGGAGGGUUAUCUUGGUGCCACCGCAAUUGCUCUAAUGGCUGCUCUUACCUUGCACCGCGAUCAAGUCGGAUACGGAGACCCCAGCACCAUACCACAUCACCCCGAUACAUACGACGGACUCACCCUGUCCAGGGCCGCACUAUCCUCCGUUAUCAACAUGGUCCGUGAUAUCUGCUUGCAACUAAACGCAGUCGAACCCAGAGCAGAGAUCGCCAGGGUCCCACUGCCGGCGGUCAUAUGCAUAGGAGAGACUGCUCUUACAGCAGCUUGGAUGAAUCAAGCAAGCACCGACGUGUCGUUCAUUGAAUCUGCGCCGUUCAAGCAAGCGCUAGGCCAUGUGAGCCGUUACUGGACUCUCGCAGGUAAUGGGGACAUGCACGCCUCACGUGAUCGUCGCUGA